AUGACGAUAAUUCCUCGAGCAUGGCGACCUGGGUUUUCCCAGUGGGUUAAGAAGGAAACCAUCGCAGCAGCGGGACCCCCAUCUUCGCAGCAAUGGUACACAGCCCGGCAUACUGGGCGCACAAAGGAUACUCAACCAAACCAGAGAAAUACAUGUGAUAUUACAUCGGCUCCCUUCUACCUCCGCGAAUUCCCCCGACCGACUCAAAAAUUCCGCACAUUUCAGCUGAGUCACCCCAAACAUGAAUCCCGUUACGGGUCUAUCCAGAAACAGAAGUGUGCUAAUGUGAUAAUGGCACCCCGCGGCCAUAAUCGGUUCUAUAGCACACUCACAACCAUUCCAUUCUUACUCAAGAAAUCCGCCGCUGGCCAUGCCGUUUUUGGGAUAUACCGCCCACCACCCCAGGAUUUAUUCGUGAUUAUGGAAACUUUGAGGCAUGUGACCCUCAAGCGAUCAAAUUUUGGAUACGGUUUCUUGCUGAAAGAUGACGGUCGACCUUUCGGCUCCACAGCCUUGGUGGUCAAAGUGGAACGAGGUGGAUCUGCAGACGCAGGUGGCAUUCGCGUUGGGUCACGUGUCCAAGCCCUCAAUGGACAGCCUGUACGAUCCAUGACAUUCCUUCAAAUUUCCAACAUAAUCCGUUCCUCCAGAAACACAUUAAAUGUCUCAUUUAUUGACCCGAGUCCCGUGGUCACAGAGAAGAGUGUGUCCUCUGGCCCUGAGGAUGAAAUAGCCCAUCCCGCUACUUCCAUGUCUCGUACCAGUCACCGGCACGACCCGGAGGAGCAUCCAUCGAAUGGGACUUUAUUCGGCUCUGUUGUUCAAAUGACCGAAACUGAGGUUCCUGCAAUGAACCCCUACGACUCUACGAUUUCUUUUUCUCCACACAAUCCAACAGAUGAAUACAAGUGUCUUUCGUCCUCGUUGCAGAAUUCUCCGAUCGUACCUACCAUCCCCGAUUAUGCUAAUCCGGAAUCGUCUGCUCGCAACUCGGAGCACACUGACUCGGUCACCGAACAACAAAUGGUUCUACAACCACGUGUGGAUUCGCUUCAUUCAUCUCCAUCACCUUCGGAUUCCUCUUCUCAUUUGAUCACUUCUAACCUGGGCCUAUCACACAACGCUUCACCCCUACCUUUACGGAAAAAUAGCAGCAAUGCAAAUUCAGGUGUUAGUCCACUUUUCACGAAGUUGCAGUCGUCACCCGUUUUAGAAGAACGGAUUUUGUAUCCGUCCUCAUGUGUGGAGCCACGAAAACCCGCAACAUCAGUCGACCCAGGGUCAGCUGACGUGUCCACAUCAAAGGAAUCUCCAUGCCAACAGGACACUAGUGAUGAACAUUCUAUCCGCAGGACGCGACAGACUAAUCCAACGCGUCGUCUGACAAUCGAUCGACCGGAAUGCAACGAGGAGCUCACAGAGACAAUACACUUCGUGCGCAAACGUGCUUAUGCUUCCGCUCGUUAUUCCAGUAAGACUGAUCAGUUUCUAGGGUUAUCGCCAAAGUUGUCGGUGAGUAACGACGUUUCCGCGGAUUCCCCCUGUCAACUUUUGCCGGCUGCACCCCAGCACACGUCUCCUGGUAGUGCCUACGUGAUCGAGCCGCGUAUUACCCACCUUCCUGGUCGCCGUAGUAGUGGCAGAACACAUACAGCCAUGGCAAAACCUUUUCCUUCUCCUUCGACCCACACCAGCCCGAGUGGACUGAAACUGGCUGAGUGUCCGCUCUCUUCGUCCCAAUCCACAGACGGCCUCUCUAGUUCAUCUGCUGAUGCAAAUUCACGUUUGUCCCCAGAAAGAAACCCACUUUCUGCAGACAGCAUUGAUAGAUCCGUGACAAUAAGCAUGGAGCGCCGUGAUAGUGGUAAUGGGGGACAAGAUCUCAUGCGGAAUCCAAAUGGUCCACUUCUGUCCACGAAUGGUCAGUCUAAACAGUCGACUGCUUCGAGACCUAACGGAACACACAGCAACGAUGGGUUGGACGUCCCGUUUGCGUCAGCAACUGAGCGGUUUACAGUGAACAGUCACGGCGGUAAUUUCGCUACUUCAGAUAACCCAUGGGUGAAAGCUGGAGAGGCCUAUCAGGAGAUUGAAGCAGCCAAUCAGGAACUCGCAAGAAGACUUAUCAACCAAAGUGUUGAGGCAGACUUGGUGGAUAGUCAGCGCGGGUUGCUGAUGUGUGACACACUUCAUGGUAUCGAACGGGGCCAGCAGAACAAAGAGAACCGAUUAGCUCUUCCGCGUUACGAGGCAUGGUUGGCGUCGGGAAUCUGGUACACUUCUAAGCCUCAACGUGCUCCGUUUGUGCAACGCGUCCCACUAGUCCACUCUCCCGCGGUCGAUUCUGCAAAGGGAGUCUCUGUACACGGGACGACACCAAGCCGUCUCUGGUAUCGGAGUCAGCGUUUGGACACGAUUCGUGACUUGUCCGGUUCUUUCUUCUCACGGCAGUGUCUGUGCCGAAUAUUGACAGUUGAUGGAUCGCUGACCAAGUCGUAUCAGUGGAAGGCGUACUACAUGUGCAUUGGAGGCAACGAGGUCCGGUUUGUCAAGUCUUCAUGGGCCUAUCUUAGCUCUGGACGUAACGCAAGGCCUUCUAGAGCAGCUCCCGUCAAAACAGCUAUCAAGCACACCGACCAUUCGGUGCAGUCGGAUGACCGUGCCUCUUUGGAUUCCACGUGGGAUCAAACGUCAUUAUCCGACAGGGAUGCUGGAAUGUCAGACAACUCUCAGUUCUCUUAUUCGGUCACCGAAGAACAGGAGCAGAGACGACCCAACCCACCGAAGCUAUCAGCAUCCUGCAUCCUCCUACCCAUAAAAGGCUUAUUUUGGGUUCAAGAAGACUUACCACCUGACUUCCCCGAAUGGUCGCCUAUGGGAUCUGUCUCACAUGCGGCACGCCGAAAGCCCGCUAAUCCCGUACCUGCCGUCACACGGGAUUAUAUGGAUCCGUCAAAGUCUGGAAUAUCCCGUUCUGACAGCUCUAAUAAUAAUAAUCAUUCAGCUGUAGCACCCUUUCGGUGCCUAGCUGCCAUGUCACACGAAGGAGGCACGAGGGCUGAGAUACUGCCAGAUUGCCCAAGCCUAGACAGGGGAAGUCGAGUUCGAACCACGGACCUUCAGGUCAGCUUGGGCAACCCAGCUCUCGUGCUUCUUUCGGGUGGCAUGACAGCUAGGCACCGGAAGGGUGCUACAGCUGAGCGCUGUGUGACGUUCGCAUGUUCUAGGUUGUGUCUGCCCACAUCAGGGCAAUCGAAUCCACUUAUGUCGGGUGGAAAAAUGAUCCAGCCGAACGCGCCUGAUUCGGGUACAUCUAAGGAUGAAGGUAAGUUUAGUCUCCACUUGAUGGUCAUCACCGACUUUAUCCCAGUUUUCUAUCGCCCCACCCAGAAUCCCUAUGCUCUGCGGCUAUUGAGCACCCAAGCAUCUCCGACCACCGCGGACUCUAACGAGCGUCGCUACCUAACUUUUGGAAGUGUUUCUGGGAACAUCACUCUUAGUGACAAGCGACAGCGUCGUACUGGCCCUCGACGUGGUACGGUGCGUGCCCGGUCAACCGAGCGACCGUCCUCUCAUAGACGUGAGGGUAGUGAACAUGGUCCACGGAGUAAACCCGUUGGCACCGUGGAUGACAUUGAUAUUGGGUUGACCAAAGCCGAAUCCAGUAGCCCUGGACUAUCUGGGAUGGAUGAAAAAGUGGCCUGUACCAGCUUCACCCGGACCACCAGGAAUCCCUUCUUACAAAGUCUCAGACAGUUGUUAAACUGGUCCAAUGCACCAACUGAUACGAACACUGGAACCUUAGAGGAGUCGGCGGAUCGACCAGUGUUCAUACCUAUCUCCCCGAAAAAGCUGAAGGACCGUUUGGAUGCCAUACUCGGUGAUCCUCCUGAUUUCUCUGAUGUUGAUACCCCUGGACCCACGUUUGGCUGUGCGUUGGAGCAGCAGCUGGAAAGUCCCGACUAUCCAUGUGUUCCGGCGAUGCUGCAUGCGUUUCUGGCUUCCUUGGAUGCGCACGGACUACACUUACCUGGUAUGUAUCGUAAACCGGGACGACAAAGGUCAAUGAAUCAGUUUAUCUGCGUGGCCAAUCUAUUGCCUCAUGAUGUUGAUUUCCUCCUUACUUUGGACGCUUGGCGCGAACCGUAUGCAAUAGGCGGUUUGGUGAAACAGUUUCUUCGACGACUCCCGAGACGUUUAUUAGAUCUACCAACUUGGGAGCCUUUGGCAGCGCUGGUACCGGACAGAACAUCUACCGUUGAUGUGUCCCGCUUGGCCUACCUGUUGUUAUCAGUCCGUGUGAAGCUUUCAAAAAUGGCCCACGAGGCUUUCACGAUCCCAAAGGGACGUUUCUUUCCUGACAGCUCAGCAUUUAGUGCGGAUUCUGUCUCUGUGCAGCAGUCAUCCUCAGUGCAACCGUCGGCUAACUCGAACAACACGGAAAGUGUAGAUUCAUCACCACCUCUCCUCCGUUCAUCCAGACGAAGCGGCAGAGAAUACUCGGCAGCCAGAUGGCGCUGGGCCACCCUUUGUCACGUAAUCCAACACCUGCGGCGGUUAGUUUCCUUCGAACAGCGAAACGAGGUGACCUAUCAAUGCGUUGCAAUAUGCUUCGGACCUGUUCUCUUCGCUGAUUCACUCCAAGUGGACAAAUUAAAUUACAUUCUGGAGUGUAUUCUUCGACAUUGGUCCUGGUUAAUAGACGGACUUCCAACGAAUGACGCAAAUUCUUCGAGUUUGCCGAAGCGGUCACCUCGACUCGAGGACUCUGUGCUCGCAGAAACGGUGAGGUACCUACAGCAUUUUGAUGAUCAAAAAUCGACGAUGGAUCGGUUGUCCGUGUCCGAACGACUCAGUGACUCACUCACUGUGACCAGAUUUGGACGUGAGAACACCGAGGCCAGCGAUUACCGGAAUUCCUCUGCACUGGGUACGGAUUAUCGUCGGUCGACCCGUAUCAAUUCCGCAAACGCUAUAGAAGAUGUCCAAGACUGCGUGAGAUCGAUUUUGUCGCGUGCUCUUAAAUCCAACCGGCAGCAUUCUGCUCCUGAUAGUGCCACGGAAGUCUGUAGCACCCUUCCGGUGCCUAGCUGCCAUGCCACCCGAAGGAAGCACGAGGGCUGGGAUACUGCCAGGUUGCCCAAGCCUAGACAGGGGAAGUCGAGAGGCGGAGGUCGGAUUCGAACCACGGACCUUCCGGUCAGUAAAUUAGCGCUCUCGUCUCAACGUAACAUCACAUCUUCGGUUGUGGCAACAUUUCAGCGCAUAGCUACCAGCCCAAUCAUGGCAUAUCGUGGAAAAAUUCACCCUCAUCGAACGAGCGGGUACUCAUUGUACGAGACCAGAAACCCAAACCCAGUUCUUCCAUUGUUUGGUCCACUCGUCGUCGGCCUACCCUGGAGCCACGUCCUCCGCGUCGUCAAGUUUCCAUCCAGAACCAAGAAACCCAUCAAGCACUCCGCUCCGGCCUUGUUCCCCGUCGGUUUAUUCAAACAUGAUACAAAAGCACCGCACCUGCCCACCCAUGAACCUUCUGUCCGCCGCACACUCGUGACUGAGAUAAUUCGUAGGCCGGCAAUGCCCAGGCACCCUUUGACCACCGCACACGAUUUAGGCAGUCCCAAAAGUUCCUCGUAG